GUACUUGUAACAAAAUAAGUUUAUCCUCCUUGAGUUGACCGUGAACACGCCCCACUCGAUAGUAUUGCCAUUAGGUUGGGGAAAAUAGCUUGUGAGCCUCUUUCCUACCAUCUACAUUGAACCACAUCCUAACGCAGCCAGAUGCUGUAAUAAUUCGCAGAAAAGAUGAACACCCAAGUCGAAGGUCACGGCAGACACUACUCUCCUUACAAUACCCUGCCGCCGCCGCUGCCGCCGCCGCCGCUAAGGCCCAUCGAGCCACUGUUGCCUACAAUGCCAGGACAGCGUUGGCAAGAGUUUUCGCAUCCCCGUCGACCUUCGUUCCACCAACGCCUCCCUCGCGUGAAAGAGCUUAGAAGGUGUGCCCCAAUCGAAUGCGAGCAUUGUCAUGAGAGAAAGAUCCGUUGUAAUGAGGCUCGGGGCUUGUGUGAGCCACGUCCGGCUCAAAAACGGGCACAUGAUCCUCAAAUGCGCAAGUUGCCAGAUAGAUCCACAACACCGCGUGAAAAGCUUAUGGGCACCUCACUGUGGCCGGCUAUACCGACCUUAAAGAGAUAGACUCCUCAACAAUAAUUCCUGUAAUUACCACUUUUAAACUGAGCCUCAGAUUCGCCAGCUGUGUGGAAAUGGCCGGUCGGUUAUGUGGAAUCUAUGAGGAUGUGUUGGAAAAUUAGGGGUAGGGCUUGGCCCUGUGAUACUCUAGAUAACUAGCAUCUUCCUCAGAGGCAAACAAAGUAUCAGCUUCUUGUGUAGUGUGGAAAGAUGACAUUUCAUCAACACUGAAACCGCCUAUCUUAUAGCUAUUCAUAGCCCAUAAGGACUACUACCCUUAAUAAGGCAGUACUAAGACUGAUAAGGGCCUAGAUACUCUUUAUUCUAUCUUUCAAAAUUUCACUAUCU